CUCAGUCGUCCGCGCGCGCGGCUGGGAGCGGUCGCUGUGCCUCGGCGUCCCCGAGCCGGUGCCCGAGCGCAGCGCCCCAGGAACCCUCCUCCCCGCGCCCGGCCCACGGCCGCCAUGUCGACCUUGCUGGACAUCAAGAGCAGCGUGCUCAGGCAGGUGCAGGUGUGCCCGUCCUUCCGCCGCAGGGCUGAGCAGGACCCAGGGAGUGCCAGCGCCAACCCGCAGGAGCCGGCCACGGGGGCCUGGAAACCGGGGGAUGGCGUGGAGUUCUUCGCCCAGAUGCGCCUCAUGCUGAAGAAGGGGGAAGGCAGACAGGGCCUGCCAUGCCCGGAGGUCCCCCUGCGCAGUGGCUCACCACCACCCCGGGAGCCUGUGGAUCCCAGCCGUGGCCUGAGAGCCCUGACCCCGGAGGAGGUAGAGAUGCUGUACGAGGAGGCCCUGUACACGGUGCUCUACCGCGCCGGGACCAUGGGCCCUGACCAGGUGGAUGAUGAGGAGGCCCUGCUCAGCUACCUCCGGCAGGUGUUUGGCACCAGCCCUGAGGAGCACGCCGAGGCCAUCGAGCGAGUGAGGAAGGCCAAGGCCCCCACAUAUGCCCUGAAAGUCUCUGUCAUGCGUGCCAAGAACCUUCUGGCCAAGGACCCUAAUGGCUUCAGCGACCCGUACUGCAUGCUGGGCAUCCUGCCUGCCUCGGGUGCCUCGAGGGAGCCCGGUACGCAGAAGGAGCAGCGAUUCAGCUUCCGCAAGGGCAGCAAGCGCAGCAGCCCCCUGCCGGCCAAGUGCAUCCAGGUCACCGAGGUGAAGAGCAGCACCCUGAACCCCGUCUGGAAGGAGCACUUCCUCUUUGAGAUUGAGGACGUGAACAUGGACCAGCUGCACGUGGACAUCUGGGAUCAUGAUGACGACGUGUCCCUGGUAGAAGCGUGCAGGAAGCUGAACGAAGUCAUCGGCCUGAAGGGUGUGAGCAGGUACUUCAAACAGAUCGUCAAGUCAGCCCGCGCAAAUGGGACAGCGGGGCCCACUGAGGACCACGCCGAUGACUUCCUGGGGUGCCUCAACAUACCUGUCCGGGAGGUGCCCGUGGCUGGUGUCGACCGCUGGUUCAAGCUGGAGCCACGCUCCAGUGCCUCGAGUGUGCAGGGAGACUGCCACCUGGUUCUCAAGCUGAUCACCACGCAGAGGGACACGGCCAUGAGCCACCGCGGGCGAUCGGGCUUCCUGUCCUACCUGCUGCUGCUCAGCCAUCUGCUGCGGUGCGAGCACCCGGCGGAGGAGCCCGACUCCAGCAGCUGGCGCGGAGAGCUCAGCACCCCAGCCGCCACUAUCCUCUGCCUGCACGGAGCACAGAGCAACCUGUCACCCUUGCAGCUGGCCGUGUUGUACUGGCAGGUCAGCAGCCGCCACCAUCAGACCCACACGCUGGACUACAGCUACCUGCUAGGGCUGCUGGAGGACAUGCAGGCGCACUGGGAGGAGGCGGCCUCGCUGCCCCAGGAGCAGGAGGAGAGCCUGGCUGACAGCUUUUCCGCUUUCUCUGAGUUCGGGCUGCAGCUGCUGCGCCAGCUCCGAGACUACUUCCCCGCCACCAACAGCACCGCUGUCUACCGCCUGGAGCUGCUGCUGAAGUGGGUGCAGCGCCGCGUGUCAGCGUGGGUCGGGGCGGCUGGCAUGUACAGGCCCCACAUCAGCGUGCUGUCCCCACGCAGGUGUCUGGGCAAGCUGCAGUUCUUCCAGCCCUCCUUUGAGAUCUGCCCCUUUGAGACAGAGCUGAACAUGGACGUUGCUGCAGCCCUGAAGAGAGGCAACCGUGAGUGGUAUGACAGGAUCCUGAACGCCAAGAGUCCCCGAGAGCAGUCAGGGUCACAACGCCUGCCUGGGCUGAUUGCACUGGCCGACGCCAUCUAUGACGACCUUCAGUCCUGCUACAGUGUCUACGCCAGCCUCUUCCACAGCAUCCUCAGUGUAGACUUUUUCACCCUGACUUUCCGGCAGCUGGAGCGUCUGGUGGCUGAGGAGGCAUGGGUGCUGACAGAGGAGCUGAGCCCCAAAAUGACACUGGAGGUGGCCUCGGGGCUCUUUGAGCUCUACCUGACCCUGGCUGACCUCCAGCGCUUCUGGGAUAGCAUUCCUGGUCGGGACAGCCGUUCUCUGGCCCUGGCUGGCAUCCACACCGCAUUCCUGCCUGCCGUGAAGCUGUGGCUGCAAGUGUUGCGGGACCAGGCCAAGUGGAGGCUUCAGGGAGCCGUGGACGUGGAUACACUGGAGCCCGUGGACCCCUCCUCCAGGCACAGCAGCUCCGCAGCCACUGCUGGUCUCUGCCUCAGCCACAUCCAGGAACUGUGGGUACGCCUAGCAUGGCCUGACUCUGCCCAGGCUCAGGGGCUGGGCACCCAGCUCGGCCAGGACAUGUGUGAGGCCACCGUCUUCUACACGGAGCUGCUUCGGAAGAAGGUGGACACUCAGCCCGGGGCAGCUGGCGAAGCAGUGAGUGAGGCGCUCUGCGUGGUCCUCAACAACGUGGAGCUCGUGCGAAAGGCUGCUGGGCAGGCCCUGAAGGGCCUGGCAUGGCCAGAGGGGCCCAUGGGACCUGAGGGGGUGCUCCCCCGCCCCCUGCUCAGCUGCACACAGGCCUUGGAUGAUGACCUGCAGCGGGAGGCCCGCACGGUGACAGCGCACCUGACCUCUAAGAUGGUGGGUGACAUCCGGAAGUACGUCCAGCACAUCAGCCUCUCGCCCGACUCCAUCCAGAACGAUGAGGCUGUGGCCCCGCUCAUGAAGUUCCUGGAUGAGAAGCUGGCCCUGCUGAACGCCUCUCUGGUGAAGGGGAACCUGAACAGGGUGCUGGAAGCCCUCUGGGAGCUCCUCCUGCAGGCCAUUCUGCAGGCGCUGGGUGCAAACCGCGACGUUUCUGCUGACUUCUACAGCCGAUUCCACUUCACCCUGGAGGCCCUGGUCAAUUUCUUCCACGCAGAGGGCCAGGGUUUGCCCCUGGAGAGCCUGAGGGAUGGAAGCUACAAGAGGCUGGAGGAGGAGCUGCGGCUUCACAAAUGCUCCACCCGUGAGUGCAUUGAGCAGUUCUACCUGGACAAGCUCAAACAGGUAGGGGCGCCAGUAUGGGGCGCUGCCUCCCAGGCCCCCGCAGCCCCUCUGCGCUCACUCGCCUUUCCACAGAGGACCCUGGAGCAGAGCCGGUUUGGACGCCUGAGCGUCCGCUGCCAUUACGAGGCGGCGGAGCAGCGGCUGGCCGUGGAGGUGCUGCACGCCGCCGACCUGCCCGCCCUGGACGCCAACGGCCUGAGCGACCCCUUUGUGAUCGUGGAGCUCGGCCCACCGCAUCUCUUCCCACUGGUCCGCAGCCAGAGGACCCAGGUGAAGACCCGGACGCUGCACCCCGUAUACGACGAGCUCUUUUACUUCUCCGUGCCUGUAGAGGUGUGCCGCCGCCGCGGGGCCUGCGUGCUCUUCACCGUCAUGGACCACGACUGGCUGUCCACCAACGACUUCGCCGGGGAGGCAGCCCUCGGCCUCAGCGGCGUCAGCGGGGUCACCCGGCCCCACGUGGGCAGGGGUGCAAGGGCUGGGCAGCCUGUCACCCUGCACUUGUGCCGACCCAGAGCCCAGGUGAGGUCUGCGCUGAGGAUGCUGGAAGGCCGCACCAGCAAGGAGGCACAGGAGUUCGUGAAGAAACUCAAGGAGCUGGAGAAGUGCAUGGAGGCAGGACCCCUGAGCCCACGGCCCCGCCCUCCCCGAGCUCGCCGAGGCAGCUCUGCGCAGCCAGGGCCCACGCUGCCCCUCGUGUGUUGUGCUGGCCCCGUGCUCCCAUGGCCCUGGCUCUGUGAUGUGCAUGUCGUGGCUAGUCCUGGGGCUCCUACUGCCCUGGCCGUGUCCGUCUGCUGUGUGCUGUGAACCUCUGCACCCAACUCCCAAUCUGGGUGGCCAACUUGGCAGCUACCCAGGAGACAGUGCAGCCCAGAGUGGGCCUGGCCACCAGGUGGGCUUCCCUGCCCUUGGGCUCUGCAGCCCUGGGUGGGCAUGGGCGGCUGCUCUCCAGAGACUGAGUGGCUGUGCUUGCUGGGAAAAGGCAAGCAGUGUUCACAGGCACUUUUGAUAGUCACGGCUGAGGAGUAAAGAGGGUGCCAUUGGCACCACUGGGUGGAGGGUCUGAGGCUCCACUCACGGGAUGUGGGGAGCAGGUGAGCCCGGAAGUGCAUGGGACUCUAGUCCCCACCGGGCUCUCAGGCCCGGCAGAGGCUCCCUGGGGUCACUCUGCAGCUGGUGGUCAGUGUGAACGGCUCCAUGCCAACUGGCCAGCCACCCUUCACACACAUGUCCGUGGCCACCAGGGACCUGCUCCACAGCCCUUCCAGGCGGGGCCCGGAGUUGGCCCCAAUCCUUCCUCAGGCCCAGUGUGAAAAACAGAGACUCACUCGGGGCACCUCAGCCUGCAGCUUCAUUGUGAGAGCACCGAGGAGGGACACGGAGGACGGCCGGGCUGGGAGCGCGGGGAGGACCCGGUCGGCUCAGUCCCACCAGCAGCCGCAGAACCGAGACUGCCAGGCCCGCCUGUGUCCCCCACGUCUCUAGAUUUUCUCGUCACCCAGCCUCAAAAAUAUAUAUGUCUGUAACCCUCA